AUGGGUAGGAAGGUGGGCGGACAGAUGGUCAGCAUCUGGAUGGGUGAUUACUACACGGUGUUUGUGAGUGAUCCUGCAUUGGUCAAGGAGAUAUGGUACAAGAACUUUGCCAACUUUGCCAAUCGCCGUCAUCAACCCAUUGGCCGUCUGCUCAGUGGCGGCUACAAGAACUUGUUGUCAUCGGACUAUGGCUUCUGGAAGCCACUGCGUGCAAUGGUGGCCAACACUUUCACCAAGACCAAGCUGCGCUCAAUGAGCAAGAUCAUCGAUGAGCAGGCACAGUUGUUUGUCAAGAAGAUGUAUGAGUACCAUGCCACGGGCCAGCCAUUCACGCCCACCAUGUUUUGCAAGAAGUACUCGAUGAACAUCAUUCUGAUGAUUGUGUUUUCCAAGCACAUCCCCUAUGAGGAGGAUGUCAGUGAGGGAAUCCUCGGAUCAUUGGUUGAGCCCAUUGAUGACAUCCUAAGGGAGUGUUCACAAGGUCGUGUCCUAUUCUCACUCAAUGCAAUCGCACCAUUGAUCGAGCACUUCUUCUCUCACAAGGUCCUCAAGUCAAUGAAAAAGAUCAAGUCAUACGUAUCAGCAAUGUAUGAAGAGAAGCUAGUCGAUUUGGACAGGAACAACCCCAAGGACUUGUUUGAGGACAUCAUUGUUGAGAGGGAUGACAUGGAUACCAUCGCUCAUGUUGCCAUGGAUCUUUUGUUGGCUGGAACAGAUACAUCAGAGUCAACAAUUGAAUGGAUAAUAUUGUAUAUGUGUAAUUAUCCAGAGUUGCAAGAGAAGGUACAUGCAGAGUUGUCAGAGAUCAUUGGAAAGGGUAACUUUGCAGUGGUGGCAGAUAGACCAAGGACACCUUAUAUGACAGCAUUCAUCAAGGAGGUGUUGCGUAUCAAACCAUUGGCACCAUUCGGUUUGAACAGGACCAAUGCUGAGGAGUGCACCAUCGGUGGAUUCUUCCUGCCAAAGAACACCCAGAUGCUGAUCAACAUCUAUGCCAUCCAUCACGACGAGAAGUAUUGGAAGGAUCCAGAAGUAUUCCUACCCGAGCGAUUCCUCGACGAGAAGUCCAUCAACCCUGAUGCCUGGAUACCAUUCGGUGUUGGUCAAAGGAAUUGUGUUGGAAUGAACUUGGCAAUGGAUGAGAUAUAUGUUGCAUGUGCCAAUAUAUUCUUGAACUUUAAGAUGGAGUCAUCUACUGGAAAGCCAAUUGAUGACGAGGAGGUGUUUGGAUUGACAAUUCAUCCAAAGAAGUACUCUGUCAACUUGAUCAAGAGAUAA